AUGAAGCUGUCAGCAGUGCUAGUGCUGCAUUUACUGCUGCUAAGAGCUAAGCUAUCCCUGGGUUGGGGCUUAUACAUGUUCACUGUGAGGAUAACGAGCUUUGAGUCUUUGGCUGGCCUCGAGAAACAUUUGAUUGAUUUUCACAAUAUUAGCAUUGUGGGCGAAGAUCAUGCGCUCAAUGGCACGGCUCGCAUACUGGAGGACAUGGAUCCGAAGCAGUUUCAAAUGUCCAUCGAUUUUCAACACGAUCCCAGGCUCAGCGAGCAAUGGCGUCCGAUGAUCCUCUCCGUGCCCAUCGUGGACGUCUGCACGGCAAUGCGUCUGUUUGUGGGCACCUAUGCCAAGACGACGCUGCGACAGGGCGAGAAUACAAAUCUUCCUUUCACGGGCAACGAGUGCCCUUUGCCCCAGGGCGUUUACUAUGUGCAAAAUCUGCUGAUUAAUACGGAGACCUGGCCGGACUUGACGCCCGUCGGCGGUCUGCGGCUCAAUAUGCGUUUCUAUAAGCUCGGCAGCUUUGUGGGCGGCUUUCGACUAACCCUACACGUGGAGCGUAAGCCGGUGUAAUCUCAGGGCCAGCCCUUGGGGCACCUG